CGUCACUAGCCGGGGGGAAGCCGAUAGCUUGGUAUCAAAAACAAGCAGCAGAGUUACGUUGGCUAAGCUAGCUCCGCUAUCUCAACGGCAGUCAGCCCGCAGCUGACUGCUCGCUUCCUCAACUUUUUUGGGGGGAGGCACUUGGAACUUAACUGCCACGGUUAGACUACGAACGACCUCUUGGAAAGCAAUGGCGUGUGGUGCUACCCUGAAGAGGAGCAUGGAUUUUGAUCCGCUCAUGAGCCCAGCUUCUCCCAAAAGACGAAGGUGUAUGCCCGUUUCACCGUCGUCCUCGUCCCCCAGGAAGUAUCUAAGCUUGGAACCCUCGCCAUUCGGGGAGUCGUCAUCCAGGCUGAGCGCAGAACAAAUCCUCAACAGCAUCAAGCAGGAGUACAAACGCAUACAAAAGAGGAAGCAUCUAGAUGCUGGAGGCUACCAGACCGCAGACUGCUGCUGCCCUCCAGAAUCUCCACCCCAGUCCAGUAUGUCAGCUUCGUCCUCUGGAGGCAGUUCUCCAUCAAGGAAAGAACAGCCGCUAUUUACCCUCAAACAAGUAGGGAUGAUCUGUGAACGCCUGCUGAAAGAAAGGGAAGAGAAGGUCCGGGAGGAGUACGAAGAGACCAUGACUUCCAAACUGGCAGAACAAUAUGACACCUUUGUGAAGUUCACGCACGACCAGCUAAUGCGACGAUUCGGCGAACAGCCUGCAAGCUAUGUUUCCUGAGCACACAGAUCCUGUGAAAUGUCCAGGAAGGAAAAAAAAAAAACAACACAUACAAAGCUCAUCGUUGAUGUGACAAGAUUCCGUUUAUAGCUAGCUGAAAUAAAACUUCUUUCUUACUGUGCCAUAUUUCUGUGGUUGGGCAAAUGGUUGUAAACAACCCGGUGCUUCCCGAUGUAAGCGGACCCCCCCUCGUACCCCCCAGCUCCCUCCACCUGUGGUUGGUUCGUGUCCCAGAUCUGCACGUGCCGACACUUCACUUUUUGUGAUGAUUUCCCAGCAUUCCAGGCUUCUUCACUCUUCUGUUUGUUACGUGUAAAUAUGGCAGAGCAGCGUAAUUUGCUGGUCAAUCUUGGAGGACGACCAUUAAAAAACAAGAAGAUGCUUGCAUCUCUCCUUUUUAUAAUUAAGCAUUAAGUAGUUUAAUUAGAUUUUUUUUCUUCUCCUUCCCUUUGCUGACCAGUGUGUUAUUUAUUUUGAUUUGUUUUACUGGUAUCACUUUGAAUUCAAUGUACUUAUCAGAAAAACAAUAAAGGAUCUUUUAAUUUUAAA